UAUUUUUUCUUUAAAAGAUUGAAAAUAUAAAAGGAAAUUUUAAAAAAUUAUCCUCACUACAAUUUUAGAAGACAAUAAUGCCCCCUCCUGUCCUCCAGACUCCAAUCUCCUGAGUUGGAACUUGGAAGAGCAUUUCUGUCCAUAGCCAAAAGGCCUGCGGAGUUCUGGUGUGAUUGUGAGCUCCUCUUGUGUCGAUAAAAGUGGCAGCCCCGCCGUCGAUCGCCGGAGCUCCGACCUGUCCGUCCAGAAUCAAUGCCCGAGCAAUGAUGAAUAAAUACUCAAGGUAACCCCUUAACCUUCUGGGUAUAUCUAUUGCAGCUCAAAACCUCAGUUAUUCUAGUUCUCAAUCCAGUGCUACUCUACACUGAAUAUCUAUUAACAAAAAACCCAUGAACCAUUUGCGGAAGCUGAGAAUUUCAUCUGUUCUCAAAUGGGUAUCUGUAAGUUAUAGUCACAAUAGCUUUAGACCAUCAAGAACGAAACUUUGGGCUAUUGGGUCAUCCGACAUUGUUCAGAACUAUAGGUUUUAUCGCACGAAAAGGAAUGAUCGGAAAAUCUUGGAGGAAAAAUCCCAAUUUCCUCCGACUGUUAGGCGACAAGCCCAGGCUGCUCUAUUGGAGUACUUGCAUUCCACCAGAGGGUUGCAAUUUGUGGAUGCUGAGCACAUAAGUAGAAACUCCCCACAUUUUCUUGAAAGUUUGUUGAAAAGGGUAGAUAGUGAAAGUCAGGGUGUUGGGUCUGUGGCUAGGUAUUUGAGGUACCAUCCCAUUAAUGAAUUCGAGCCGUUUUUCGAGAGUAUGGGGUUGCACUCUUCUGAGACCUCUUUGGUCCUCCCACCAAAGUUGAUGUUCUUGAAUGAUGACCAGGUUUUGAUGCAGAACUAUCAUGUGUUCUGUAAUUGCGGUUUUCCAAGGGAUAAGAUAGGCAAAAUUUACAAAGAAGCUCCCGAGAUCUUCAGGUAUGGCCGAGGAGUAUUGGAGUCAAAGCUUCGGUUGUUUGGUGAGGUUGGGUUAGACCAAUCCACUUUGGUUAAGGUUAUUUAUUCUAAUCCUUACCUUUUGGUAGGAAAUGCGGAUAGGGAAUUCUUAAGAUUUUUGGAGAAGUUGAGGAGUGCGGGAAUAGAACAUGAGUGGAUUUGGAAGCAGUUAUUGAAAGGCGUCUCAUAUAACUGGAGCCAUUUAUUUGAAGUCCUAGUCUUGUUCGGUAAGUUAGGUUUUGGUGACGAGCAAUUGGGAAAGGUAAUAGGCAAUAGCCCGGAGCUUUUAUUUGAGAGCUCAGGGCGUACUAUAUUUUUAAUUAUGGGAUUCUUGUGGAAAUUUGGAUGCACGCAGCAUAAGAUAUAUAGCAUGUUUUCUCAGUUCCCACAAAUUCAAACCGGGAAGUUUCUCAAGAACUUGCACAACUGUUACCAUGUUCUGAUUGAAAUUGAAGUGCCCGUAGAGGAGAUUGGGAGUAUUUUUUGCUCAGACCCUUUGCUGCUGGGUUCGUGUUCUUUAAAGAAAGCAGACAGCUUGCUGCGUACUUUAAAUUCUGGGAAGAAGCGGCUUUGUAAAAUGAUCUUAGAGGAUCCACAGGUUUUGAAGAAAUGGGUUCUAGGAGCAAGAGUCGAACCACUCCCAACAGCCGAAGAGAUGCAAAGAUCAAAAGAGAUGAAAACUAAGUUUCUGUUGAGUUUAGGCUUUGUUGAAAACCGGGGUGAAAUGGAGGAAGCUCUCAAAGCUUAUCGAGGAAAAGGGUUGGAGCUUCAAGAGAGAUUCGACUGUUUUGUCAAUGCUGGUAUAGAUCCUAAAGAUGUCUCUACGAUGAUCAGAGUUUAUCCUAAUAUUCUCAACCAAACCAAAGAUGUCAUCGAAGCAAAGAUCGAUUUUCUUGUCAACAGCUUGGGGUAUCCGCUGUCUAGUUUAGUUUCAUUUCCAUCGUAUAUCGCCUACAACUUACAGAGAACUAAACUUAGGGUUUCUAUGUAUAAUUGGCUGAAAAAUCAAGGGAGAGUGAAUCCUAACUUGGCCUUAAGGACCAUUGUAGCUUGUUCCGAGGAAGCUUUCGUGAGGACAUAUGUAAGUCGACAUCCUGAAGGUCAUGACAUUUGGGAAAAACUGAAGAAAGAUAUAAACCCUUUCGAUUGAAUCAGUUGAAGGGCAUAUUCAAAAACUAGAUUGGAAUGGAGAUGCAUUGUUUAACUGAUAUAUAUGGGAAUUGAAGUCUCCUAUUUGAGGCUUUCAUUUGCACAUCAUCAGAAAUCCUACAAGGAGGGGCAUCAACAACCAGGUAUUUUCUCUUCGAGAUCGUUUCUUAUGGCCUUGUUUGGUAACAUAGUUAGCUUAUCAGCCGAUUUUGACGUAUU